GUGUGCAUGAGUUGCAUAUGUCUCCUACGCGUAACUACCCAUUGCAUUCCGGACGGGGACAGGGGUUGUGAAAAACUGUGACAUCUGUCAAGGUCAUAUGAGAUAUCUUUUUGUUUUUGCCUGUAGACCCGACUCAACGUAUUCCAGAUUAAGAUGUCCUCGCGACUGUAUCAGUUCCUUAUAAGGACAGUGGACAAGCAUGUUCCUCCCAGAAUGCAACCUUUCUGGAACCACGAAGCUGGUCCCAAAACCAUCUUCUUUUGGGCCCCUCUCGUGAAAUGGGUCUUAGUGGGAGCUGGUAUCGGAGAUUUAACCAGGCCUGCAGAAAACGUCAGUCUAUUCCAGUCAACAUCCAUGUUGUCAGGUUACAUUUGGACGAGGUGGUGUUUUUUAAUCCAUCCUAAGAACUUGAAUCUCGCUCUCAUCAACUUUCUGGUUGCUGUCAAUGGAACUAUUCAGUGUGUACGUGUUAUCCGAUACAAAAAGUCAGUUGGAAAGCCAAUUUCAUUUUGGGAGUAAUAAGGAUGACGAGUUUUCUGUUUUCUGGAUCCAGUAUAAUAGAACUAUCUUCAAAAAUAGUAUUACAAUUUAAUCCUGUUAUAUAUGGUACAGGGAAAUCUACUGAGUGGCAAUUUCACAUAGUAUUUAAACACAAUAGUGUAUAAUUGUACUUGACAUACCAAGCCUCAAGUUUAGGGCACAAUAUAUCGACCUUGGAACUGUCAGGACAGAAAUCUCUCUUCGGGGGUAGGAACCAGGCGAAAUGAACCGUGUGAUACCGACGAUGUAAUGCUUGUCAUAUAACCAUGUGUGAAAUCUUAAUUAGUUAUAAAUUUGAAUAAUUAAUUAUAAUAAUUAAUUAUUUGGAUUGUUUAUUGAGGUGCAUUUCUUGAACCUCAUGCAUUAAACGCACUUGUAGUCAUUCAGCUUUUGUUGUAAUAUGUCUAGAUAUAUAUACAAUCGUCUCCACGCGACCAUACUGUACAAUUGUCGAAAAGUUUUAUAAUGUGUACAUGUGUAGAAUGCAAUACGCUUUUAAUUUGGCAUUCAUUUAUUGCAGUUUUAUUUUUGACAUGGAUGCCUGGACAGGAUGUGAAAUGAUUUUAAAGCAGAUCCUUUUACACUACCAGUACACUUGUAUUAUACCUUUUUUUUAUUCCUUAAGAUAACAUAAAUUGUUAACAUGUAUAUAAUGAUAAUAAUGAUAUUAUCAUAAUAAUGUGCUUCCGAAUAAAUCUUUAAAAA